UGCAAUAAAAGUCAGACUUCUUCUAUUUAAGAUGGCAACGGCAGAGGUUAAAAAAAUAUUAUUUAUAGAUACUUCUUAUGACCAAAGAUGGCAGUCCCAACAUUCCCUUUGUUUAAUUGAUGCCUUUCAUAUUAUUCUAAUUUGUAUCAGGAACCUUCCUGGUUCCUCCUUGAAUUUAAGCCCCUUAGUUAGCACACAGUGCAUCUACCAUUUUCACUUCACAUUUCACAACCUUUUAGGCCCUUUACCAAAACUUUUGGCAGCUCAAACAGAUAAGCAGAUAUAUAUCAAGCUAUCUCUAUCUAUUAAUGAAGAUGCUGCUGGAUGCAGCAAUGAAAAUGAUGGAUAUCAUGACAACAUCUAUGCUGAGAACAGGAGAAAGAAGCAAGGGGCCAAAGUGGAUGAAGAAGAAAGCGAUGAUUCAAUGGCUUCAGACGCUUCCUCCGGUCCGAUUCAUUAUCACCAUGCCUAUGCUCACAGCCAAGGUAGUCACGGCACCGCAGCCUCUAAGAAAGAUAAACAAGAUCAUGGAAGCAAGUGUUCUUCUAAGAAGAAUGCAAACAAACAGGAGAAGAAACGUGUUGACAGCAGAAGUAAAAAAUGAUGAAAUUGUCCAUUGUAUAUGAUGCUGGGAUUUUUGUAACCAUGCAUCUUCAUAAUUUGAAUUUGUUGAUUUGUACUCACACCUCUUCUAUCCAAAGGAAAUAUCCAUAGUCAUUCUUUGAGGUAAUGGAAUCACAAGUUUUAUGCAUUUUUAAACUAAAUUCUAUGUUGAA